AUGACGAAGCCAAAAGUACUGUUGCCGUAUGCCAGCAGGUGGGAGGUCGCGGACUACAUCCCCGAGUGGUGCGACGUAGCGUCGCUAGUCGAAUUUGUCCCGUGCAAACUCACCACUCGCGAGGCCUUCUGCGCCUGCUUCGCGGACUCAGACGCCGCAGCGCUGUGGUUUACCGAGGACUUGUUUUCCCUGAGCGUGGACACCGCCGCGCUGAUCGCCCAUCGCCCGCGCGCACUCCGGCUGAUCGCGGUGCCGUGGGUCGGGUGCGACUUCCUCGAGACCGACACGCUGCGCCGCGACGCAGACAUCACCGUUUGUAACAUUGGGCCCACGGCCGCGGACAACGUCGCCGAUAUCGCGGCUUACCUAACGCUGAGCUGCUUCCGGCUGACGUCGUUCUGGGAGCACAGCUUUAGGUUCGUCGACCGGAACGUCUGGGAUUGCCGCGCAUACGUCGGCAGCGAGGGCUCUGAACAGAUCACCGUGCAGACGAUCACCAGCGGCGGGCGCACGGAGCAAACAAUGCGCUAUCCGGGGCGCUUCUCGAGCGCCGACGGCAAGCUGCAGAAUGUGGCACGAGACUUUUCCAUUGUGGGGAAAAUCUUAGAAUCCCCCACAGAGAAGAAUGCGCUAAUUCUGGGCUUUGGCGCGAUCGGCCAGGCCGUGGGUCGGCGGCUGUCGCUCGGGCUCGGGAUGCACGUGUCGUACUACAAGCGCUCGGGCCCCCUGCCCGCAGGGCAGCUGACGUACCCCGCGCAGUUCCACGCCGCGAUGACGGACGAGAUGUGGGCGGCCGCGGACCUGGUGGUGCUGGCGCUGCCCGGCGCGCCCGCGACCGACAAUCUGCUGAACGCGGCCACGCUCGCCAAGUGCAAGGACGGCGUGCGGAUCGUGAACAUCGGGCGUGGGUCGUGCGUCGACGAAGACGCGCUGCUCGCGGCGCUCGACUCGGGCAAGGUGCACUCCGCCGGCCUCGACGUUUACAAGAACGAGGAGGCGGUCGUGGACCGGCGCUUCUUCGAGCGGUGGGACGUGACGCUGCUGCCGCACAUUGGCAGCUGCUGCGUCGACAUCUACCGCCGCGCGACGGUGGUCACGCUGCAGAACAUUGAGAGUGUGCUGAUCAGGGGCGAACGCGGUUUGUUCCCGUUGAAUUGA